AUGAGCUCGGCCGCGGUCCCGAAAUCCGCGUCGCUGCGCAAGACCGCGGCCGCCAUGGCCUCGGCGGGCAAGCGAAUGAACAGCACACGAACUUAUGGCGGGCUCAAGGACCAGGACCGGAUAUUCCAGAACCUGUACGACUCGUACGGCAAGGACUUGAAGUCGGCUGAACGGAUGGGCGAUUGGUACAAGACCAAGGAGAUCCUGCUCAAGGGCGAUACCUGGAUUAUCAACGAAAUCAAGGCCUCUGGCCUCCGAGGCCGUGGAGGUGCCGGUUUCCCUUCCGGACUGAAGUGGAGUUUCAUGAACCCUCCCGGAUGGGAAAACAACAAGGGCCCUCGGUAUUUGGUUGUCAAUGCGGAUGAGGGUGAGCCUGGUACUUGCAAGGAUCGCGAGAUUAUCAGAAAGGAUCCCCACAAGCUCGUCGAGGGAUGCUUGGUUGCCGGCCGCGCAAUGAACGCUACUGCUGGUUAUAUCUACAUCAGAGGCGAAUUCUACAACGAAGCCAAGACUCUGCAGACUGCUAUCAACGAGGCCUACGCCGCUGGAUAUCUUGGCAAGGACUGCUGUGGUUCCGGAUACUCGUUCGAUCUUUACAUCCACCGUGGAAUGGGAGCCUACGUCUGCGGUGAGGAGACCAGUUUGAUUGAGUCGAUCGAGGGCAAGGCCGGCAAGCCUCGCCUAAAACCCCCUUUCCCCGCCGGUGUCGGUCUCUUUGGUCGCCCGACCACUGUCACCAACGUCGAGACCGUCGCUGUGUCGCCCACUAUCUGCCGUCGCGGCGGCUCUUGGUUCGCGUCCUUUGGCCGUGAGCGAAACCAGGGUACCAAGCUCUUCUGCAUUUCUGGACACGUCAAUGAGCCCUGCACAGUCGAGGAGGAGAUGUCUAUUCCUCUGAAGGAGCUGCUGGAGAAGCACUGCGGUGGUGUCCGUGGUGGCUGGGAUAACCUCCUUGGAGUUAUUCCCGGUGGUGCGUCGGUUCCUGUGUUGCCCAAGCACAUCUGCGAGGACGUCCUGAUGGACUUUGAUGCUCUGCGUGACGUGCAGUCCGGUCUUGGUACCGCUGCUGUCAUUGUUAUGGACAAGUCUACUGAUAUCGUUCGUGCGAUCCAGCGAUUCGCCCACUUCUACAAGCACGAGAGUUGCGGACAGUGCACUCCUUGCCGUGAGGGAACUACCUGGUUGAGCAAAGUGAUGAACCGAUUCCAGAACGGCCAGGGUACCGAGCGUGAGAUUGAUAUGCUGAUCGAGCUCACGAAGGAGAUUGAAGGACACACGAUUUGCGCUCUCGGUGACGCCGCUGCGUGGCCUAUCCAGGGUCUCGUCAGACAUUUCCGACCGGAGAUCCUCAAGAAGUUUGAGCAGUUUGAGGACCGGGCAGGCUCUGUCUCGAUCGGAGGAUGGACUCCCACCUCUGCUGUCGCUGACGGUAUGGUCAAGGGCAUCGGUGCUCCCCCCACUGCCGAUCAUCAUUAG